CACAAAGUUUAUAAUUGGAUACCGAAACAUGUAAUGUUUACGGUUUUUACCGGCACGGCAACACACAGAGUGCGCUAGUCUGAGUCAUGUAAUGUUUUGAAUUUGGAUUUCAUCACUUUUUGUAAUAUGCUGCAAUCUUGUAACUAUCUAUGGUAUCACCAUGCCACUAACGUUAGAAGGAGAAACACUCGGCAAGAAGCGCCGACACUUCAACAAACUCGUCGCGGACGCAGUCGCUAGCAAACAUUAUGAACUAACGCCGAUUGGUGACACAGACAGCGACAUAGACAACCUUCUGAAAAUAGAAAUCGCGUGUAAAGCCAGAAAUGUAGACUACGUCAUCGAAGUAAUGAAAUCCAAAGACAUGCUGUAUGCGGCGACAGCUAUUAAAAAGUCCACGUGGCUAAUCACCGACCCGCAGCACGCACACAUCAUCAACCCUGAGUACCUACACACACAACUAAAACCUUACAUGACCACCAAAGCAUUUAACAAACUCAUGCUUCACGUCAGACUCAAUCUGAAAGAUGAAAGUCGAGUCGAAGCCUUUUAUGAACACUUCAAAGAUACAGAUAGCGGCUGUAAAUGGCUGCAGAACUGUUCCAUACCUUUCAUUGAAAAUGUCAUGAAAAGCGAACGCCCUGUACCAGUGUGGCUUUUUAAACGUUUGUGUAAGCGAUCUUCCAGAUUUCUUUCAUAUAAUCACAAAAUCACAAAUAUCAAGCCGUAUUCCCGCAGCCUACAGGCUGUUCUGUUUAUGUUAAAGUCGCAAACUGAUCACAUACUGAACAUGAUUGAAGAUAAGAGCCGUAAGGGUUUCCGUAAAAUAGGCAAACAUAAAACAGAAUUUUUAAUGAAAAAAUGCCCCCGAAGAGUUAUUGAACAAUUUGAAAUAUAUGGUAAUUUCGUUGACAUGUCUGUGGUGGCUAAAUACAUAAAAGAAGAAGAAAUGCAGUCAUUUCUUCACAAACACGCUAACUAUUUAGCAUUUAAGAUACACAAUUGUGAAUCAUGGGGAUAUUUCAUUAACAGGAUACCCAUACAAGAAAGAUUUGAUUUCGUAAAAAAUACUUUUAUCGACAAAAGUAAUACAGGAGUUGCCCUUACAGAAGAAGUCAGAACAAAAAUCGAAUUUAAUGUGAAAACGUAUCAAUGGUAUGAAUUUGCACCAUUUGAUAUCGCUUUUACUGAACUGAAAAAACUGAUACGCAAAGAAAGUCAACCAGCUGAUCGACACGAUAUACUUUUGGUUUUGAUCUCGUGUGGUAGCAAAAAAUCACAACAUAUUAAAACGUUGCUUAAAUAUUUAAAUGAAAAACACAUGAAUGAGCCAUUCAAGUUCAAAAUUAAGUUUAUUUGUAAACUUCUGUUCUCCACGGCUGUUCAUGAAUAUGAUAUUGACACUUGGAAUUACUUGGAUCAAUUUUUCUACAGUAUGGAAGUGUACACUGAAACAGAAAAAUGCGUAGAAGCUUGUCGUGCUUAUAUCAUAUUAUACAAAGUUCUACACGAUGAACCAGUACCAGAUAUUAUUACGAAACAGGUGUCAGUUGAAUCUUUUCGAAACAUUCAAAAGACACUAAACGCACAGCAAAAAUCCAAAUUGUUUACAUAUCUCUUAAACACUCUAUGGGCCCAAACAAACAGGGCGAGUUGCGUUACAAAUGAAUCUGAUUUCAGGAAAACUAUUCUUCAAAUGAGUCGUGUUAUCACGUUGGUAAAAGAUUGGAAACAAGAAAUUACUUGCUACAGAUUCAUACUUGAAAGAAUUCAAGAACUAAUUAAGAUAAAAGAAGAGAAUAAAUGGACCACAGACAUGUCAUGCUUAUACAAUGUGAACAAAUCGUGGCGCAAGUACAUGUUUGAGGAGUCGCUGUCGCUCUCUCUGUGCGAGGAAACGUGCCUGAACGCUCUGAAGCACAAGCCACAGCUGCUGACGCGUCACGACAAACAAAUACACACGUUGCGGACUGACGACGCGGUCUCACUGCGGCGUGUGCUCGCGAAGCUGCGCGUCUACUGGCCGGACUCACUCGCCCCACACUGGACAGAGGCUUACAUGCAAAGCUUAAAUAAACCUACUGGACAAAAAGCAAUAAUUAAUGGUAUUUUCCUGAUAUCCCCUAUUGAUCAAGUCGUACAACUAGCAAAGAAACACGUUCCUUCUGAUACUAAAAUAAAUUGGAGUGACUCUAAUCAAGCCGAAAUUAGCAUACAGAGAAAUAUUGCAAAACAUCUUCACGUAGCUAGACCACUCGUUCCUUUGGAUACAGUGUUAUGGUAUGCUAAGGGUGAUUACUUACAGUAUGCUGUUCCGUCCCUGAGUGCUGUUUUAUCCAAUGUCAGUGAAGUUGAGAGUCGCGAAUAUUUACCUAAACUGUUGGAUGCACCAGUCUCUUUACAAAAGUUCGGACUUCGCCUAACAUAUACAAAAUUCGAAGCUAGCGAAAUAAAGCACGUAUUUUCAGAUAUUUGGAAAAUUACGAAAAAUGCUACUAUCAGAGCCGUUAUUUUUGAACAAACUUUCAAUCAGUUGUGCAGUUCUAAAAACCAAAACAUUGAAAAUGAACUAUGGGAAUUAUUAAGUUUAUUUAUGCAAGACUUAAACUCACAAGAAAGUUCAAGUCUGUAUAAGAUAUUAAGCAAAGUCAAAAGCGUUCCUAUCAGUAUACGUGGAAAAUAUUAUAUGAAGAGUUACGAAAUUUUAAAAUCUUUGCCAGAAAGCCAUAACUGUGUGUCAUAUUUAAAAAAAAUUAUUGCAUAUGCAACACAUGUCAUGGAAUUACUAGACGAAGACUUUGUCGUCAAUAAGUUACUUUCCCCAGUAGAAUCAACAUUCUGUAAACAUAAUGGGAUGUAUUUGGAUGUAUUUGCAUGUUUCUUGCUUUGUGGUGAAAGCGAAGAAAAUCAACUACAGAGAUUCAGAAGGAUAGAAAAAGCAAUAGACGAAGCUUUUCAACGCUGGUACGAUAUACAUUUAAAUUGUUUCUACAUGAAAAUGCUGUUUGAUAAUUUUUUAAAGUCCUUAGUUAAAAACUUUGAGGAAUAUUUUGUUCGUAAUAAAACACCCAUACCCGUCAAAUUGUUUCAAGAAAUCCAAAGCAAAAUACAGAAAGAAUUGCCCCUGGUAGAAAACUACGUACUGUUUACAGUUUGGUCACUAGUGACAGAAUAUGUUAAAUGUAUGAAUGAACACGCUUCUAACAUCUCUAACAUUCUUAAAUCGUCAACAUCUGAAAAUGUUUGGAAAUAUAUUCAUUUGGAGGUGUCUCCCUCUUUUGGUAAAAAGGUCAUUGGGUAUUUAAAAGAAGAUACGGAGAAAUAUAGCUCGGCUAUACAUGAUUUAUUUACCGAAGCUUUAAAUCGAAUGUUAUAUAUAUUUAAUUUUGAAGAUGUUAAACUCGUAGCUCUGUCACAUAUGCUUUAUGAUCGAGAGUUUAUUCCCAGUUAUUUAGUAGUUUGUAAAUGCAUGCCGGUAUUAUGUUUGGAAAACGAUGAAACGAACGACGACGAAAAAUCGAAACGAUUCGAAAUCCUUAACCAAAUUAAAUCGCAUCCAUCUCCCUUAGUCGGGCUGUAUUACCACCACCAUUUUAACAUCAGACCUCAGUUCUAAAUACUUUAUUAAAAUAAGAAUCUUCCUGGAGUGUAUGUGUAAACACACGGUUGCAUCAAAAAUUAAAUAACACCGAUUGAUUUUUUUUCUAAUCACGAUAUGAUUUUAGGGACUUUCAAGAUUAGAUGUUUUGAAAACGUAUUUUAUUUGUAAACAAAUAAAUCUGUACCUUUGAGGACGUUAUCAUGUGAUGUCGUCAAAAAAAGGGUUUAAUUAAGUGGGUAAGUAUGUUAUUAGUAUAGUUUUUUAUUAAAUAUAAUAAAAUGAUGUAUCAA